UAUCAAUGUGACUUAGUGAUAAUAUAGUGUGAUUUAGUAUUAAAAAUCAUAUCUAUUCUAUAACGCGUGUAUAUUCUGCUAUUCAGCUUUAGAGCAGUUGAAAAACAGUAAACGGCACGUGAAAAUAAAAGGACUAUUAUAUAUAUAUAUCGUAUCCGUUCAAAGUUUUGAAUGAAAUGACUGGCAAUCGGUUGUGCUUAACUGUGGACACAAAUGAAAUACUCCGUUUGGAGAAAUUACUAUAUUAAACAGAAUGCUAUAGCUAUAAUAUAAAUACAUUACUACAUUCGUUGUUCUCUAUUAUUUUGAACCCAAAGCCUUCGGUAGAUGAACUGGACCUGGUUUGAAGUUGUAGGGAUAUAUAUAUAUAUAUGUUUUUAUUAGUUCAUUUAUGUAGCACAUGUAUUAACUCGCUGUAUUAGAUAGGGUGAACGUAUUUAGUACAUUUUGUUUAUAUUAAAUAUCAUACACAAUAUUAAUUAUGUUUGGAGAUUCCAUUAAAAAAAGUAUAAAACGAAGUCGAAAAUCAAGUGGCGACAAGGAAGAGAUCAUACUACACGACGAUUACGACAAAGAGUCAGAUCAAAGUUCAACUUCAAAUAACAAAACAACAAAAAUGCAGGAUCAAGACAAAUCCACUGAUUCCCGAAAAAACUCGUCAACGUUUGAAAUGAAUCAGAAACAAGGAAAGUGUGGUGCUUGUAAUCCUGCAAUGGAACUGGAUGAAACAGAUUUGACAAUGAUCGGAGAUGGAGGGCCUUUUCAGCGAUCAAUAUCUAUAUCAAAUCCAGAAGCUGUGGAUUUGGACGAACUUGUGAAGAAAUUACGGGAAAGAUUUCAAAAGAAAGUCAGAAAGUGUGAAGUUCGAAUUAAAUUCUACUCUGGUUGUGAAUCUCUGAUGACAUUAGCACUUCUGUCUCUCCAAGUUUUACAAAUGGCAAUACAGCCACUCAGAGAUGUCUGGCUUUCUAAUGAAACUCUCGUUAUCCUACAAAACAUUCUAAUAGCAAUUACGGCGCUACUUGCUGGACUACAACUGAAGAUGAAAUUCAAUGAUAGAGCCGAUAGAUAUAGAAAAGGUGUGAAAAUUUAUCAUCACUUGCUAAAAAUCACAUCAUACUACAGCAUCAUGGCAGAAAGUGGUGGAAGACCUGACUAUGAAAACUCAAUAAGACUUUGGCAAGAAGCAUUGAACAAAGAACUUGUAUCUUUAGAAAGCGAUAACGAUUCGUAAAAUCCCAUAAUAAACAUUGAAGCUGUGUUAUACCAAACUAACCACAAAUAUUACGAUAGUAGACAUUUCUGGAAAUAUUACCCAUUUUAAAAGCAAUGAUAGGGUUACGAUGAUUUUAGUAGUUUAUAAACUGUAUUUCACACUAUACCAGAAAUUUGAGGUUAAAAUAUAUCUUAGAUGAUCAUCUGUGACCAAUCGUUGUAUGUAGAAAACCGUUUCCUUGUUUAUCGGUACUACGUCCAGUUGACUGCGUAUCUUCAAACGUUAAUGUAUCCGUACCAAUUUAGUGUUGCAAAUAUAUGUAUAUUCUGGAAA